AAUGGAAUUUUAGUGUUGUUAAUGUUCGAUAGAUUUCAAUUAGACUGAUCAUUCACCACUUGUCUUACCUAGUUGUGGUCAUUCAGUUUGCUUAUCUUGUGUAAAUAAAUAUAUUUCUGGAUAAUAAUCGUUAAUCUGCAAAGAAGAUGGGUAUAUAUCUAUAAGAUCUAUUUAAGAAUUUAAUGCGAUGUUCAUAAAGAUAUCAAAUGUUUUCCAUAAAAUUAAAGUAUAAUUGCCUUGAUAAAGAAACGAAGAUCAUCUGCUAAAUGUGUUACAACUAUUCAAACACCUGAUGAACAAUAAUAAUAGAUUUUUAAUCAAAUAAAAGAUGUUAGUGAUUUCUAAGGUGAAAAAGGCCUAUCUUAAUCUUUAUCUUAGGAAGCACUACCUAAAUCUAGUCUUUGUAAAUUACAUCAAAAGGAACUAGAAUUAGUAUGUCAGGAAGAUGGCUAAUACAUUUGUGUAAAUUGUGCAUUAUUUGGACCACAUAAAUUUCAUAAUUAUCUUCCUAUUGAAUAAUAUCUCAAAUAAAUAGAAUCAGCAGUUUAAUAAAUAUCUAAUGUUUAUAAACAAAUACAGACUGAAAGAAAUAGUUAAGAAUAAUUUAAACAAUUAUUAGUUCUUGGACUUAAAUAAUAAUAAAACUGUUUAAGAUCUCAAAUAGAAUUAUAAUUUGAUGAUCUUAUUAAAUCUAUUGAGGAUAUUAAAUUAUAAGUUUUACACAACGUUGAACUUAAUUAUUAAAAUUCUAUUGAUCAUUAAUCUAUUAAACUUGAUUCUGAAUUAAUUUCAUUAUAAAUUGAAGCAGAUAACUGGCUAAAUUAAGCUUAAAAUCAAUUAAGCCUUUUAUUAGAUGACUCUUAAGAAUAAAAGUGUCGAAAAUUUGAUGAUCAAAUUGUUAAAUUAGGUGAUGUAUUAAUAUAAUCCUUUGAUAAAAUUAAAGAAUAAAUAAAAAUCAAAAUUGAAUAAACUUAUAAUUCACUUGUUGUUUAAGUUCCUAUUUAAUUAAUCUUGAAUUAUAUUACUAAAAUGAUGGGAUUAAAUAAAACUAAAUCUGAAGUUUUAAAAUAGGAAUAUGUAUAACCAUUAGAAUCAAUUUUAGAAGAAAAAGAUCCUAUUAAAAAAGUUGAUUAAUCAGAAUUUUUAUUAGAUGAUAAACAACUUUAAGAAGAAUCUUUCUAUCAAUAUGAAUUACAUAAACCAUUAUAAAUAGAUGUAACAAAAGGUAAACGAUAUUCCGGUAUAUUUUCAUAAUCAUAAUAACCAACCUAACCAACUUCACCUUCUCAAGAUAUGACUAAAUCAAUCAAUUUUGUUUCCGGACAAAACUAACCAUUAAAAUUAAAGGAAAGAAGUAUGACAUUAUCACACCAUGAACUUUUAGAUGUUUCACAAAUACUUAUUUAAAAAUAAACUAAAAUUAAUAAUAAUACCAAUUCAAAUAGCAAUUCAAAAUCAUAGAAAAAAUUCACAAAUAAUCAAAAAAUGAAUGAUAAAUUAUCAAAUACUUUUAGUAUCAUUCAUUAAGAUAAGAGUGAAAUUAUUGAUCUAAGCUCAAUAGGUAUAAAUUAUAAUCUAACCUAGAUUUUACUGAUCAAAUUAUUUAGAUCUUGGGAGAGUACUUAAAAGGAACCCAAACUGUCAAAGUCUUAAAGUUAAGUAAAUGCAAAUUAACAGAUGAUCUAUUAUAUAAGUUGAUUUUAAACAUCACUCAAACAAAGUAUUUUUUAUUAUAUUAUACUAAUAGAAUUAAUACAUUGCAUUUAUAGCAAAACAUUCUUACAGAAAAAUGUCUUGACAAUAUUUUAACUCAUUUGAGAUAAAAUGGUCAAACACAAUUAAGAAGCUUAUAUUUGAAUUAAAAUAAUUGCACUGCUACAAAGGCCAAAAAAAAGAUUGAUGAAAUUAAAAAAUUUGGAAUUUAGAUAUCAUUAUGA